AAAACAUUCUGUACUCAACAGGACCUAGAUCUUGUAACUCUUACUCUUAUGACCCAAACCCGAACCAGAAUAUCGGCGACCUGACCCACCAUACCCCGAACGGCCCGGACAUGGCUCCCACGUUUGGCAGCGCAAACUGGGGAAUUGCUCGGGCGCUCCAGUGUACCGGCUUUGUCCUACGUGGGGAGUAUAGUGAAGAAACAGUUCGAAGUGACGUGCGAUAAAUGAAAAUAUAACGAGUCUUGCGAAUUUGUUGCCGAGUCUGGUCGAGGAGGCUGUGAGGAACAGAUGGUUGUCAAGCACCGAAGGUAUGUAAUGACAAUGGAAUCGGCUCGAAGGAAAUUGUGUAUAGUUAACGAAAAUGGUAAAGUGGAAUGGCACUUUACGGUACCUGCAUCACGCAGAGGGUUUGUAAACACCGGACCGACACUUGUGGUAGUGCCGUGUGGUGUAGUGGGAAACCUAUCGGUGUUGACUAUUGAGUCUGUCUCAAUGCUAGUUUUCGCACUUGUAUUUAGUUCUUUUAUCUGAAGUAGUAGUCCAUCUCUACAUCUAACAUGACCACCCCUAAGUCCUGCUGCCAUCUCGUCUUGUCGACCUUAUUCUUAUCUUUGCUCUUGGGACUCUACAAACAAUAGGACGAACAGAAUGGCGACUUCACUCGCCGCCUCCGCAACAGCAGGAGCAAUAUUCGGCUCUGCGCUCACACUCUCGGGCGUCUACUCACCAUGGAUAAUCCUCUCCCAGAUGCAGAACUCAAAUUUCCACAUGUUACAGACUUUCCUCACUGCAAGUGGUUGUAGCACAAUAGCAAUGAUACUCGCCCGCAGAUACGGCAUAGCACCUUGCCCACCACGCUCUCCGACAGCCCUUGGCACAUUUCCAUACGACGGGAAUAUCAUCGGUGGCUUGCUUCUAGGAACCGGCAUGACGUUGACAGGCGCAUGUCCUGGGACUGUACUAGUACAGAUUGCGACUGGGAUUCGCUCGGGAUAUUUUUCUUUUCUGGGUGGGAUACUUGGCGGGACAAUGUACGGGAUGGUGAAACCGUUUCUAUCUUCUAAUUCGAGAAAUCGGGGAGCUGGCGUCACAGCUGCAGCAGUGAAGGAUGAGCCGAGAACCGUGCAGCAGUAUGUUGGGAUGAGAGAGGAGAGAUUGGUGUUGAUCUAUGAAGGAUUUUUGGUUCUAGUGUUGAUGUUGGCAAGCUUGACGGAGAGGGCGGACAAUGUUUUGUUCCCUCCUGUGGUUGGGGGUUUUUUAAUUGGUGUUGGCCAGGUCGCUUCGCUUGUGUUGACUAGGAGUGCGGUGGGAGUCUCCAGUGCUUAUGAACAGCUUGGCGGGGCAACGAAGCGGGCGUGGGGAUAUAUGUCUGGAGGUGGUAAGGAUUCGGGACCUCAGCCUGCAUAUAAUUCGGUCGUGUUUGCAGGAGGCGUUGUCUUCGGAAGCUGGGUGUUGAGCCUGGCGGUGGACCUGAAGGUACCUGGAGGAGAUGCGCCAAUUGCUGAUUCGACGGCGAUACUAGGUGGCUUGAUCAUGGUCUUGGGUGCAAGGGUUGCUGGUGGAUGUACCUCUGGUCAUGGUAUCAGUGGCAUGUCCACAUUUUCCAUUGCGAGCAUAAUAUCUGUCGCAGCUAUGUUCACAGGGGGAAUGGGGCUUGCCCUGUUAAUGUAGAAAUAGAGAGGUAAGAAAUGCACAAAGAAGUGA